AUGGAAAGUUACCUGGCAACAAUGUCUUGGGCUGUUGGCACUUGUGCCUCAAAUCAGCAACUUAGUAGUGUCCUCAAACUGCUCAAACUCCAUAUGCCUGAUGUCAAUGAAGGUGCCAACUCAGUGGAUUACUUAAAAAAAGUAUUCUGUCAGACAAAGGGUGAGGAGUUCGAGGUCAUUAAACAUGACUGCUGUCACAAGUGCAAGAAAUUGUUCUCAGGUGAAGAGGAGGAAUGUCGUGCAACAUCAUGUAAUGGGUAAUUUUACUAACUAUUGGAAGAUAAUUUGUGUCACAGUUCCUACAUGUUAAUUUUUGAGGUCAAGGCAGCCAUCCAAGACAUCCACUUUUCAUAUCAUUAAGGAAAAUGAAUAGAGGCUUAAAAAACACGAUGUAAAUCGUGGCCAUGUUGCGGUUUGCAAAGGAUACAGUUUGGAAUUACUUCAAUGUUAUACAUGUAUUUUAAUUAGUUUUUAAGAAUUUAAACGAGUUCAUUCUACUUUCAAACAACCAACAUCCUAGUGUACUUACGUCUAGUGAACAAGUGGAGUAGAAAUAAGUUUUCUGCCCUGAGCACUCUACUUGAAUGUUUUUUGAUAAACCAAAUAAUGAGAGGGAAUGAGAUGGAUUGUAAAACAACAUGGAAUGGUUAAAGGAAUGAAGUAUCUACCUUGUACAUGUGUUCAGUACAGUUACAUGUAAGGUGUCAAAAAUGGAGGUUCAAAUUUUUUUUAAUAUUUUGGUUUUUGCUCGACAGCAGGCGUUCUUCAGAUCAGACAAAGACGUCAAAACAAGCUUUCUUCUAUACCCUAAACAUAAAAGCACAAGUUGCAUCAUUGCUGAAGCGUGAGUUUCUUACAAUCCUGUGUUUGUCAUAUUUUUUUUAUAAAAUGGAUUUGAAAUCCUGCUUCAGAAUUUGUGAUUCUUGAAAACAAAUCUGUGAUCUGUACAAACCCUAUAAUGAUUUAACUUUUUUAAUCUCAAUGUUAUUUUAAAUCUAUGUUAUGUUAUAAUCCAUAUCAGAUUCAGGUGCUUUUAUUUUAGUAUACUUAAUAAUGAUUUUUUUUUCCACAGAUGACAACGUGUGGGACACCAUCAAAAAGUACAAACAAAAAAUUGCAGCACGAAGGAAUAGUGACGAGUCUUUGCUAACUGACAUCACUGAUGGAGCUGAAUAUGUUAAAUUUUACCAGGGUGAAGGGUUUCUGUCAUGCCCGAACAAUAUAAGCUUUAUUGUCAACACAGGUAAAUGUUCAUAG